UAAGAAUGUUUGUGCCAAUAACUGAGCACGACUAUUUAUGUAGUGAUAUGCUGGAAGGUUUUAAAAUCUGGAUUCAUUCUGCAGAAGAAGUGCCUCGAUUAAAGAAAAAUUUCUAUCACGCGGCUUAUGACAGCGAUGUUCGCAUCUCGGUGAAGGCCAAUUUAAUGAUGACAUCACCGAGUUUAAUUAAAAACUACAGCCAAGAGCAGCGGAAAUGCAUCGCCGAAAAUGAACACAAUCUAGUCUUUUUCAAGCGAUACACGCAGCGUAACUGCUUUGUCGAUACAUUGGCAUUGCAAACAAACAAAAUUUGUGGUUGUGUUCUCUUCUGGAUGCCUCGUCUAAACAGCACCAAAGUCUGCAGCUAUUAUACAGAGUACAAAUGUGUCGAAGUCGUAGAAAACUCACUUCACAAUGCAAACUUAACAACUAAAUGUUUGCCAGACUGUCAGUCAAUCACGUACGAUGCGGAGAUAUCGAUGUCGAGAAUUGAAUUGAAACCACUCAAAAAUUUUGUGCCGACUGGAUUUAGAAUCAUAAAAAUUACGGUUUUAUUCAAGGAUCAACAGUAUUUUGCAUCGCUUCGGUCGGAAUUGUAUGGUACGAUGGAUUUUAUGGGCACAGUUGGCGGUAUCCUAAGCUUAUUCAUGGGUAUUUCUCUUUUGAGUGUCGUCGAAAUCAUUUAUUUUGCCACCAUUCGCCUGACGUGCAAUCUUCAAAAACGAAAUUUGGCUAAAAAACGAAUGCUAGCUCAACAAAAUAUACUGAAUCGUCAAAAUGAUUAAAAAUCUGCCUGGAUAUUUGAAUGUUGUGAAAAAUUUAUCUUUGUCAUUAGUUAGUAAAUCAUCUCUGCUGGCUACAAACGUGUAAAUGACACGAGUAUGAAAAAAGAUGUGCUUCCCAUCGAAACCGGGCCAGAAUUCAU